AUGAACCACGACUACACCAAGGGCCAGAUGAUCGGUCUGGCCGUUGGGUUCAUGAUCAUUCCGACCAUCUUUUAUGUCCUUCGAAUAUGGGCGAAGCUGCUCGUCAAGCGGUUUGCGUGGGAUGACUACCUCGCGGGGUUUGCGCUGCUGGUUUCCAUCACCUGCUGUACUUUACAAUUGGCUACCGCGAUCCAUGGACACUUGGGCCAACACCAACCUACGUUUCCUGACGGGUCCCCGAUCAUGGACGAUCCAGGGUUGAUCUUCUUCGAGGAGACCAAGUUUGCACUGAACAUGAUAUCCAUUCUGGGCUUGGGCCUAGUCAAGUCCUCCAUCUUAGUGUUGUACAGGAGCCUUUUCCCAAGUCGCAGGUUUCACUACGUCGUGUAUGCCGCGCUUGCUUUCGUCAUUGGCUGGACCGUCAGCUUCUUCUUCUCUCAUUUGUUCACAUGCUAUCCUAUCACUGUUUUCAUCGAGCCUUACUACGGCAACUCCUGCGUGCAGACGGUGCCAAUGUUCCUGGCGCUGCUGUUCACCGACGUGGUGGCGGACUUUGCGAUACUCAUACUUCCCAUUCCGAUGGUCAUAAGGGUAAGAAUGCCGCUGAAGAAGAAGUUGGCUGUGAUCGGGAUGCUCGGGUUGGGCGCAGCGGUCUGCGCAGUGAGUGUUACGAGAGUGAUCGCUACUUUUGCCAUUGCGGAAGAGUACAUCAAGCAUCCGAACGACGUCAUUUACUAUACUGCGCCAGUAUUCUUCUGGACGAACAUUGAGCUUUCUUUAGCCAUUGUAUGCGCCUGUCUUCCAACUCUCCGGCCAAUCUGGUUACACUUCUUCCCGAAACCUGCGGCGACGGGCAGCAACUCGUAUGAGUAUGGAUCAUCAAAACGUUAUGGCGCCCGUAAGAGCAGUCUCAGAACACCGCCUUACGAAGAGUUGGACGAACUUGAAUUGACUCGGCAUGAUGGGUUGACCCGGUCAGGAUCAGUCAGAGAAAACGACAUUGUGAGGGAGACAACCAUACACCAGACGAUUGAGCCGUCGGACAAUUCCAGCACGGCCAACUUGAGAACAAAUGGGCUUGGGCUAUAA